GUGUUUUGAAGAGCACCCUCCCCCCAAAAAAAGAAUGAAGGAUGCGGCCAUAUCGGUGCAUCACGAUUCUCACCGGGGCCGGCAUCUCAGCCGAGUCCGGCAUCCCUACCUUUCGCGACAGCAACGGACUUUGGUGCUCUCACCGCGUCGAGGACGUUGCCUGCCCGGAUGCCUUUCUCACCAACCCGGCGCUGGUGCAGCGCUUUUACAACGAACGCCGGAGCAACCUGCUUGCUGACUCUGUCCAGCCGAACAAGGCACACAAAGCACUCGCCACGCUGGAGAAGGAACUAAAGGGGAAAACCAAGGUCGUGGUAGUGACGCAAAACAUCGACAACCUGCACGAGCGCGCCGGAUCGGAGAACGUGCUGCACAUGCACGGGGAACUGCUGAAGGUGCGCUGCACCAAAACGGGUGCCGUUUUUCCCUGGCUGAAAGACAUCGAUCGCGAAGUGGAUCGCUGUCCAGACUGUAAUGCGCUUUAUACGUUGCGGCCGCACAUUGUCUGGUUCGGCGAAAUGCCGCUCUUCAUGGACGACAUCGACGCCGCCCUGGCGGAGACGGAUCUUUUUGUAUCCAUUGGGACGUCCGGCAAUGUCUACCCCGCAGCGGGAUUCGUGCAGCGGGCGGAGUUCUACGGCGCGCAGACCUUGGAGUUGAACUUACAAGAAGGCUCAAACAACACUCUUUUUCAGAAGUCCCGCUACGGGAAAGCGGGCGAGAUUGUGCCGGCGUGGGUGCGGACAGUGCUUGAGGAGCAGUCUAAGCUUUAG